UCGGCGCGGUUUGGGCGGGCGGCGCUGUCUCGUGCCUCCUGCUCGCCGGCCUCACUGCGCCUGCGCCGACAUGGCCUCCAACGAGUACACCCAGUCAGCCACACAGAGCUAUGGGUCUUAUUCCACCCAGCCUGGGCAGGGCUACUCCCAGCAGAGCAGUCAGCCUUAUGGCCAGCAGAGUUACAGUGGCUACGGCCAGUCAACGGACUCUUCGGGCUACGGCCAGAGCAGCUACAGCUCCUCCUCCUACGGACAGACCCAGAACAGUUACAGCACUCAGCCGACUCCCCAGGGAUACGGUUCAUCCGGCGGCUACGGCAGCAGCCAGGGUUCCCAGUCCUCCUAUGGCCAGCAGUCCUCCUACCCUGGGUAUGGCCAGCAGUCUGCUUCCAGCAGUGGUUCGGGAAGUUACGGCAGCAGUUCUCAGAGCAGCGGUUACGGGCCGCCCCAGAGUGGAGGCUACGGGCAGCAGUCUGGGUACGGCGGGCAGCAGCAGCAGCAGAGCUCCUAUGGACAACAGAGCUCCUACAAUCCCCCUCAGGGCUACGGCCAGCAGAGCCAAUAUAACAGCAGCAGCGGAGGGGGCAGUGGCGGCGGAGGGAGUGGUGGAGGUAACUACGGCCAAGACCAGUCGUCCAUGAGCGGCGGAGGUGGUGGCGGUGGCUACGGCAAUCAGGACCAGAGCGGAGGGGGCGGCGGCUACGGAGGAGGCCAGCAGGACCGGGGGGGAAGAGGCAGAGGCGGCGGCGGCGGCUAUAAUCGCAGCAGUGGUGGCUACGAGCCCAGAGGCCGUGGAGGUGGCCGGGGAGGCCGAGGCGGCAUGGGCGGAAGUGACCGUGGUGGCUUCAAUAAAUUUGGUGGGCCCCGGGACCAAGGAUCGCGCCACGAUUCCGAACAGGAUAACUCUGACAACAACACCAUCUUCGUCCAAGGCUUGGGUGAGAAUGUCACCAUCGAGUCUGUAGCUGACUACUUCAAGCAGAUUGGCAUAAUCAAGACCAACAAGAAAACAGGCCAGCCCAUGAUCAACCUCUACACCGACAGAGAGACAGGCAAGCUGAAGGGAGAGGCAACCGUUUCGUUUGACGAUCCCCCGUCGGCCAAGGCAGCCAUCGACUGGUUUGAUGGUAAAGAGUUCUCCGGGAAUCACAUCAAAGUCUCCUUUGCCACUCGCCGAGCCGACUUCAACCGGGGUGGCGGAAAUGGACGAGGGGGCCGAGGACGUGGAGGACCCAUGGGCCGGGGCGGCUACGGAGGCGGGGGCGGCGGCGGCGGGAGCCGAGGGGGCUUCCCCAGCGGAGGCGGAGGUGGCGGAGGGCAGCAGCGGGCUGGAGACUGGAAGUGCCCAAAUCCCACGUGCGAGAACAUGAAUUUCUCCUGGAGGAAUGAGUGUAACCAGUGUAAGGCACCGAAGCCAGAUGGACCAGGAGGCGGACCUGGAGGUUCCCAUAUGGGUAAGAUGGGGAGGUUGGGUGAUGGGGGGGGGGGGGGGCCAGGGAAACCAUGGGAAAAAUCGACUGACCCAGACGUUCACGCGGGUCUGUCGUCAGGGGGCAACUUCGGAGAGGAACGCCGAGGCGGCAGAGGAGGCUACGACCGAGGCGGGUAUCGGGGCCGCGGCGGGGACCGAGGAGGCUUCCGAGGACGGGGAGGCGGCGACCGAGGUGGCUUUGGGCCUGGCAAGAUGGACUCCAGGGGCGAUCACAGACAAGAUCGUCGUGAAAGGCCAUAUUAGCCUGGCUGUGACUCGUUGGACCAUCUUUGUCCUGCCCCCGACAGUUCUCAUUAUUUUGUAACCCCCUCCCUUCUCAUCCCAACCCCUCUCUUGUUUUUGUGUCGGACUUUGUUAUUGUAACUUGCCUCCCAAUUCCCAUUAAACACCUUUGUUUUAGUUA